AUGACGACGCCAUUAAAUAUCCUUAUUCUAGGCGGCGUUGGGGCUCAAAACUCCCAUGUCGCCAAAGAACUUGCUGUCGCCGGCCACAAAGUACGUAUCCUUACUCGCGAUACACAGAAAAGGGGGGCCAGGGAGCUGGCUGCUUGGCCAGGCAUCGAAAUCGUCCAGGGUGACACAUAUGACGAGGAAACCCUGGAAGCUGCUCUCAAGGGUAUCCAGUCGGUAUAUGUGAACACAAACGGUUUUGCUAUCGGCGAACGGAGUGAAAUAUACUGGAGCAUUCGUAUCUACGAGAUUGCAUAUUGGGCAGGAGUGAAGCAUUUCGUUUAUAGCACACUUCCAUACGUGUCCAGGAGAAGCGGGUUUAAUCCCAAAUUUCGUGUUCCCUUCGUUGAUGGCAAGGCUAAGUUUGCGGAGUAUCUCAAGUCCCAGCCGACGAAUCCCAUGAACUGGAGCUUAAUAGAGAGUGGCCCAUACGCUGAGGAUAACUUGUACCGCCGGCCUCCUACUUAUGACGAAAGAACAGGGGAGUGGGUUUGGAGAAUUUACCUUGGCGAAGGUGGGUGUUACCCACUCGUAGAUUUGCCAGACUUUGCUUGGUUUGCUCGAUAUAUACAUGAGCACCCAGAAGAGUUUCGGGGUGACCUUCUAAGCGUGGGAAUAAAGCACACUUCCGGAAAAGAACUGGCUGAGGCUCUCACAGCGACCACAGGCAAGCCAUCUCGAUAUGUGCCGUUAACUAAAGAGGAAUUCCUUCAGGAUGCGCCACCUAUAAAAAUUGGCGCGGCUCAUUCGCCGGGUUAUGAUGAUCCCACGCUAUGGACAGCCCAGCAGAUGUUUCUUCACUGGUCCACGGUCUGGAUAGACAGUGUCGGCAACACAGGUUUGUGGACAAGAGAUUACGAGCGCCUCGACAAACUAAAGCCGGAUCGUAUCAAGACCGUUGCAGAGUGGAUGAAAUCGGUGGGCUAUGAUCCUGAGAAGCCGAAACAUUUGGUUAAUACGGGUAUGACAGUUGCUGGAGUCGGCGAGGUAUUUUUGUGGGGUGAAGAUGGUUCUGAACAGGACAAGGACUAA